UGUAGUUCGACAACAAGUUGAGUGGCUCUCCGUGGCUCAGUGGUGCAGCUAACAUAGACAGAUGCGCCGCUUAUUCAACAUAUUUGGGCUGCUGCUCCUCCUCUCCCUCCUGGGGCGGUUGCAUGCGGCACCUGUGGGCGAGCAUGUCGAUUAUGCCGGCUGCAUACGUGUGACGAUCAUUAAGCGGCCGUUGACCACGCCUACAACUACAACAACAACAACAACAGCGGCCGCUACAACUGCGCCCGCAGUGCCACCUGGCUAAAGCGAAAAGCUGACUCGGUGUGUGUGUGUUGUGUUGUUUUCUUUUUUUCUGUUUCUGUUUUCUGUUUGAAAUAAAGUGAGCUCCAAGUG